AUUUGAUUGUGCUGCCUGCAUGCGUGCUGGCUAAAACGAUAGGCCGGAGGCAGAUGGCUGUCAAGGUGGUCGGGUGCGCUCCGCCGCGCAAGUAUCGAAACGCCGGCGGCGACCCUGAGGAGCCGUGCCGACAGCUGCAGGCCGAGUCCAGGAAGUCGACGAGGGCGUGGGCCGUAGUCACGGUGCGCAUCAGCGUACGGAGCCUCUGCUUCCGUUCGUCCCUGCUACUUGUGGUCGUGCUGUUCGUCGUUACCGGCAUCUCGGUCACGAGCAAGGACAGCGCCGGCGAGCCGCCGUCGGUGCCUCCGCAUCCCGCUGCCGCCAUCUCGGCCACGACGACCAGGAGCAGCGGCUUCACCGCCGCGGGGCCACCGACCGUGUCUACGCCUCCCGCUGCUCCUGCCUCGGCCCUGACGAACAGGAGCAGCGAGGUCACGGCCGCCGAGCCACCUACCGUUGCUGCCGCCGGUGGUGGCCGGGGCGUGGACGAGUGUGACAUGUCCUCCGGCCGGUGGGUUUACGACGAGGAGGCGUACCCUCUGUACAAGGAGAGCGCGUGCCGGUUCAUGUCGGAGAACCUGGCAUGCGGGAAGUACGGCAGGACGGACCUCCGGUACCAGCACUGGCGGUGGCAGCCGCACGGCUGCGACCUUCCUAGGUUCGACGCGGCGAAGUUGCUGGAGAAGCUGCGCGGGAAGCGGCUGGCUUUCGUGGGCGACUCCCUGAACCGGAACCAGUGGGUGUCCAUGGUGUGCCUCAUCGACACCGCCACCCCGGGCCUCCACAAGACCCUCGACUCCACCGGAUCCCUCGUCUCCUUCAACGUCCACGAGUACAACGCGUCGGUGGACUUCUACUGGUCGCCGCUGCUGGUGGAGUCCAACUCGGACCACCCGGUGCACCACCGCGUCGCCGACCGCACCGUGCGCGCCGCCUCCAUCGUCAAGCACGCCCGGCACUGGACGAACGCCGACGUGCUCGUCUUCAACUCCUACCUCUGGUGGCGCCGCCCCUCCAUCAAAGUCCGGUGGGGGUCGUUCGAGACACCGGCGGCGAAAGAGAACGAGCACUACGGGGUGACCAAGGCGGUCGACGGCCUGCGCGCGUUCGAGCUGGCGCUCACGACGUGGGCCGACUGGCUCGAGUUCCACGUCGACCGCGCACGCACCCGCCUCUUCUUCGUGACCAUGUCGCCGACCCACCUCCCCUCCGACGAGUGGGGUGACGACGCCGGCGGCGGCGCCAGCCACGGGUGCUACAACGAGACGGAGCCGAUCGCUGCGGCGGAGGAGGGGGGCCGCUACCAGCGCGGCAACACGUCGGACCCGGCGUUCGCGCGUGCGGUAGAGGAGCAGGCGCGGCGGCUGGGCGCGCGCGGCGUGGCGGUGCGGCUGGUGAAGGUGACGGGGAUGUCGGAGCGGCGCAAGGACGCGCACCCGUCGGUGCACCGGCGGCAGUGGGACCCCAUCACGGACGCGCAGGGGAGGGACCCGAGCAGCUACGCGGACUGCAUCCAUUGGUGCCUCCCCGGCGUGCCCGACGUAUGGAACCACCUCCUCUACGCGCACAUCGUCUCAUGACGACGAAAUGACGUUACAAACGGGUUGCACACCAUGUCACCGGAGUAAGUGGGAUGGGCAAAAAAUCACCGUUUUGACCUUCUUAAUGAAAUUAAUCAUGAAAUAGCUUCAAAUGUGAUUAAAGGUCAAAACAGUGAUUUUGACCACUGGCCGCACUAUAUUCUGUUGCUUGUUAUUGAACUAUUAAAAACAGCGCAAGAAGACGUUUGGCUCAACCCUUUGUAUCAAAUGCAUUGGCGCUCAUACCGAGCAAAAGCUUUAUCUUUCCUACA